GGUGCGCAGGCGCGUCAACGUUCCCCCGCUACCCGCGCAUUCCGAUCUCAGGAGCGCGGGCCGCCCGGGGGCUUCGCGGCGAGCCUGCCGGGCUGUGUGGCCUGCGCCCGGACUCCCGCCGUCCCCACGAGGCACAGCGCGCUCUGGGAGACUGGACGGCUAACGAGGACUCCUGCACUUUCCUCGUAGUGAAACGACCCGGAGCCCGGCCCCGGCUGCCACUGUGGCUGACAGCUGACAGCUUUGUCAGGUGCCUGUCAUUUUGGAAAAAAUGGCUACUGGACAGGACCGAGUAGUUGCUUUAGUGGACAUGGAUUGUUUUUUUGUUCAAGUGGAGCAGCGACAAAAUCCUCAUUUGAGGAAUAAACCCUGUGCUGUUGUACAGUACAAAACAUGGAAAGGUGGUGGAAUAAUUGCAGUCAGUUAUGAAGCUCGUGCAUUUGGAGUCACUAGAAACAUGUGGGCAGAUGAUGCUAAGAAGUUAUGUCCAGAUCUUCUACUGGCACAAGUUCGUGAGUUACGUGGGAAAGCUAACCUCACCAAAUACCGGGAAGCCAGUGUUGAAGUGAUGGAGAUAAUGUCUCAUUUUGCUGUGAUUGAACGUGCCAGCAUUGACGAGGCUUAUGUAGACUUGACUAGUGCUGUAAAUGAAAGACUACAAAAACUACAAGGUCAGCGGAUCUCAGCAGACUUGUUGCCAAGCACCUACAUUGAAGGGUUGCCUCAAGGCCCUAGAGCAGAAGGGACUGUUCAGAAAGAGGAGAUUCGAAAACAAGGCUUAUCUCAAUGGCUUGAUUCUCUUCAAAUUGAUAACACCGCCUCUCCAGACCUGCAGCUCACUGUAGGAGCAGUGAUUGUAGAAGAAAUGAGAGCAGCCAUAGAGAAGCAGACUGGCUUUCAGUGUUCAGCUGGAAUUUCACACAACAAGGUCUUGGCAAAACUGGCCUGUGGACUAAACAAGCCCAAUCGUCAGACCCUUGUCUCACAUGGGGCAGUCCCACAACUCUUCAGCCAGAUGCCUAUUAGCAAAAUCCGUAGUCUUGGAGGAAAGCUUGGGGCCUCUGUCAUUGAAAUCCUGGGGGUAGAAUAUAUGGGUGAACUGACCCAGUUCACUGAAUCCCAACUCCAGAGUCAUUUUGGAGAAAAGAAUGGGUCUUGGCUGUAUGCUAUGUGCCGUGGGAUUGAACAUGAUCCAGUUAAGCCCAGGCAACUGCCCAAAACCAUCGGUUGUAGCAAGAACUUCCCAGGAAAAACAGCUCUGGCUACUCAGGAACAGGUACGGUGGUGGCUUUUGCAGCUAGCCCAGGAACUAGAGGAGAGACUAACCAAGGACCGAGAUGAUAAUGAUCGAGUAGCCACCCAGUUGGUUGUGAGCAUUCGCGUGCAAGGAGACAAACGCCUCAGCAGUCUGCGCAGAUGCUGUGCCCUCACUCGCUAUGAUGCUCGCAGGAUGAGCCACGAUGCAUUUGCUCUUAUCAGAAACUGUAAUACUUCAGGAAUCCAAAGUGAAUGGUCCCCUCCCCUCACAAUGGUUUUCCUCUGCGCUACCAAGUUCUCUGCCUCUGCCCAGAAUUCAUCCUGCCCAGACAUCACUAUCUUCUUGAACAGUGACUCAAGCUCUCUGCCAAAAGUACCAGUGACCAGUUCUGAAUCUAAGGCUCAGGGAAAUGGCCCAACAGUAACAGCUGCUAAGAAAGCAACCACUUCUUUGGAGUCAUUCUUCCAAAAAGCUGCCGAAAAGCAGAAAAACAAAGAAGCUUCAUGUUCAUCACUUACUACUACUACUCAGGCUCCUGUGAACAAUUCCCCUUCGAAGCCCUCAUUGCCUUUCCAAACAAGUCAUACAACAGGAGCCAAGCCAUUCUUUAAGCAGAAAAGUUUGCUUCUACAGCAGAAAGAACCCAAUAAUCCUUCAGUAUCCUUACCUGUGCAACAUACAUUGCCCAGUCCUGAAGUGUUACCAUACUGUUGUUCAACAGAGUACCCAGAUUGUGCCCCUGACAGUAAAGAGGUAUUGAAGCAAGGAUCCUCAAAAGCAGAGCUGGAUUUGGCCCAGAACAGCUCAAGCAGACUUCCUUCUUCAGCUUCCAAACCAGCUCUGGAAGCAGGUCAGGAAGCAGCUACUACCCCCAGUCUUCUGACUGCUGAGGACCAGGUGCGCUGUGAGAAGUGUGGCUCUCUGGUACCUGUGUGGGAAAUGCCAGAACAUCUGGACUACCAUUUUGCCUUAGAGUUGCAGAAGUCUUUUUUGCAGCCCCAUACCUCAAAUGCCCACAUUGUUCCUGCCAGUUCUCCUCAAAUCAAAAGAAAUCCCAAGAGCCCUUUAGCCUCUAAUAAGAAACGUCCUAGGCCUGAGGGUAUGCAGACACUGGAAUCAUUUUUUAAGCCAUUAACACAAUAGUGAUGCCCUCAGGCUUUUAAUAUUGUACAGUUUCUCAAGGAAACUCAUAACUAUGAAAUUGUAGUAAGACAAGGAAUUGUUAGAUGCUGAGUUAAGUCUCCCAUCUCUUCAUAAGCAUGAAUUGUAUUUCUAUUGUUAACAAAUGUAAAUAUUCACUUUCAGAGGUAUAGCUGCUUAGAGUUUUAAUAUUUAGAGUUUAAGGAGGCAGUAUCAUUUAUUAAGAAGUGGAAGUGUUGGGAGUCGGGCGAUAAGCAGUGGGUUAAGCGCAGGUGGUGCAAGGACCGGCGUAAGGAUCCCAGUUCGAGCCCCUGGCUCUCCACCUGCAGGGGAGUCACUUCAAAGGCGGUGAAGCAGGUCUGCAGGUGUCUUUCUCUCCCCCCUGUCUUCCCCCCCGCCUCAAUUUCUCUCUGUCCUAUCCAACAAUGACGACAUCAAUAACAACAAUAAUAACUACAACAAUAAAACAAGGGUAACAAAAGGGAAGAAACAAAAGAAGGAAAGAAAAAAAGAAAAGGAAAGACUUGGUAGUUGGGCUGUAGCGCAGCGGGUUAAGUGCAGCUGGCGCAAAGUGCAAGGACCAGCGUAAGGAUCCUGGUUUGAGCCCCCUGCUCCCCACCUGUAGGGGAGUCACUUCAUAAGUGGUGAAGCAGGUCUGCAGGUGUCUAUCUUUCUCUCCUCCUCUGUCUUCCCCUCCUCUCUCCAUUUCUCUGUCCUAUCCAACAACGACGACAACAUCAAUAACAACAAUAGUAACUACAACAAUAAAACAACAAGGGCACCAAAAGGGAAGAAAGAAAGGAAGGAAGGAAGACAAACUGGGGAGUCGGGCAGUAGCGCAGCGGGUUAAGCGCAGGUGGCCAAAGUGCAAGGACCUGUAUAAGGAUCCCGGUUUGAGCCCCCGGCUCCCCACCUGCAGAGGAGUCACUUCGCAAGCGGUGAAGCAGGUCUUCAGGUGUCUUACCUUUCUCUCCCCCUCUCUGUGUUCCCCUCCUCUUUCAAUUUCUCUCUGUCCUAUCCAACAACGAUGACAUCAAUAACAACAAUAAUAAUAACUACAACUAUAAAACAAAGGCAGUGUAGGGUAGAUAGCAUAAUGGUUAUGCAGACUCAUGCCUGAGGCUCCAAAGUCCCAGGUUCAAUUCCCCUCACCACCAUAAGCCAGAACUGAGCAGUGCUCUGGUAAAAAUAAGUAAAUAAAGGUAACAAAAGAGAAUAAAUAUCAAAAAAAAAAAAAGAGUGAAAGGGUUGGGCUGGGUGGCUGCACACCCUGCACCACGUUACCAUGCACAAGGACCUGGCUUCACGCCCUCAGCUCCCACCUGCAGGAGGAAAGCUUCAUAAGUGGUAAAGCAGUGCUGCAGGUAUCUGUCUCCAUAUUUUCCCCUCCUCUUUUUCUGUCUAUAUCUAAUAAUUAAUUAAUUAUUUUUCUUUAGGGCCCUGGAGCCUAAGAGAUCUGGCUCCAAACCUGGCUUUCCCUCUUGGGAGUGUGGCCUUGAGCAAAGUCAUUUGUUGUUCCUCAUUUGUAAAGUUAACAAGGGUGGAACAGGUGGUGAUGCACCAGGUUAAGUGCAUAAGGUAUGAAGUGCCAAGACCCAUGCAAGGAUCCUAGUUCGAGACCCCGGGUCCCUACCCGCAGGCUGGUCGCUUGACAAGCAGUGAAGCAGGUCUGCAGGUGUCUGUCUUUCUCUCUUCCUCUCUAUCUCCCUCUUCCUUCUCUCAAUUUUUCUCUGUCCUAUCCAAUAAAAUGAAGAAAAAAAGAAAAAGCUGCUAGGAGCAGUGGAUUUGUAGUGUGGGCACCAAGUCCCAGUGAUAACCCUGGAGGCAAUAAUAAAUAUAAAAAAGUAAAGUUAAAAUAACUUAUAAAUUAUUUUAUUUAUUUUACUUUAUAGGACAGAGAAAUUGAAAGGGGAAGGGGGAGAGACAAAAAGAGACACCUGCAGCCCUGCUUCACUGCUUAUGAAGCUUCCCCCAUCCCCUUGCAGAAAGGGAUCAGGAGCUUGAACCCUGGUCCUUGCACAUGGUAACACAUGCGCUUAACCAGGUGCACCAUCACUCAGCCUCCCCCCCCCAGAAAUUUUCAAAGGUAAAAAAAUUGUGUGUGGGGGGGAGUUGGGCAGUAACGCAGCAGGUUAAACGCACGUGGUGCAAAGCACAAAGGACCGGCAUAAGGAUCCUGGUUCGAGCCCCUGGCUCCCCACCUGCAGGGGUGUCGCUUCACAGGUGGUGAAGCAGGUCUGCAGGUGUCUUUCUCUCCCCUUCUGUGUCUUCCCCUCUCCAUUUCUCUCUGUCCUAUCCAACAAUGACGACAACAACAAUAAAAAACAAGGGCAACAAAAGAGAAUAAAUAAAAUAAAUAUUUUAAAAAUUGUGUGUGUGUGUGUGUGUGUAUAUAUAUCUAUAUAUAUAUACAUAUAUAUAUACUAAAAUUUGCACAGAUAAGGAACUGAAUAAAUGUAUUAAAAAAUUUCCAAAGCUGGGUAGCUGGGUCAGAGUCUCUUAGUCUUAUCUCCAACACUGCAUGUGACAGAAUGGUGUUGUGGUGUGUCUCUCUGUUUCUCUCUCUCUCCCCCUCUCCCUCCCUCUCCCUCUCCCCCCCCUCAUAAAAUACAAUUAAAAAUAAAAUGGUGGGCCAGUGAAAUAGCUCCCUUGGAUACUGUGCUGCAUUGUGAUGUGUGUAACCUAGAUUCAAGCCCAGCCUUCAUGUCAUUGAAGUGCUAUGGUCUCUCCCUCUCUGUCUUUCCCUUCCCUCUCAAUUUUUUUAUAUUUAUUUAUUAUUUUCCCUUUUGUUGUCCUUGUUGUUUAACAUUGUUGUGGUUAUUACUAUUGUUAUUGAUGUUGUUGGAUAGGACAGAGAGAAAUGGAGAGAGGAGGGGAAAACAGAGUAGGAGAGAAAGACAGACACCUGCAGACCUGCUUUACCACUUGUGAAGCGACUCCCCUGCAGGUGGGGAGCUAGGGGCUCAAACCGGGAUGCUCAAGCCGGUCCCUGCGCUUUGCGCCACAUGUGCUUAACCCCCCAGGCUACCGCCCGACUCCCUUCCCUCUCAAUUUCUCUUGUUUAUAAAAAACAAAAAAAAACCUCUCUGGUUCUCUCUCCCCACUACCACUAAGAAAUAUUUUAAAUAAAUAGUUAAUGGAACACUGGACUUGUAAACAUGAAUUCCUGAGUUCAGUUCCUGGUUUUGCAUGUUCUACAGUGAUGUUCUAGUUCUCUUGAUCACUAAUAAAUAUAUUUUUUAAUUUUUAUUUUAUUUAUUUAGGAUAGAUACAGAAAUUAAGAGGAGAGGAGGAGAUAGGGAGAGAGCCAGAGAGACCCCUGUAGCCCUGCUUCACCACUCAUGAAGCUUUCCUCCCGAAGGUGGGGACCAGGGGCUUGAACCAAGGUCCUUGCACACUGUAAUGUGUGCGCGUAACCAGGUGUGCCACCACCUGGCCCCAAUAAAUUUUUUUUCUAUUUUUUUCAUUAGGACAGAAAAUUGAAAUAGGAGGAAAGAGAGACUUUAGCACACCUGUUUCACUACUUGUGAAACAUCCCCGCUGCAGGUGGGGAGCAGGGGCUUGGAUCUGGAUCCCUGUGUUUGGUAAUGUGUGUGCUUAACUGGGUGCACCACCACCCAGCCCUAAUUUAUUUUUUUUUUCAAUUUCUCCUCUGUCACAAGAGCAGGUCAGAUUUUACCUUGGGAGGAUAGCUUGGUUAUAUAGAAUACUUUCAUGCCUGAGGUUCUGAGGUCCCAGGUUAAAAAAAAUAAUAAAAGAGGAUGGGGGUAGAUAGCAUAAUAUUUAUGCAAAUUAUUAUGAAAAUACUUUAAUGCCUGAGGCUCCAAAGUCCCAGGUUCAAUCCCCACACCACCAUAAACCAUGCGUGUGUACCGCAAAAGGAUCCUGGUUUGAGCCCCUGGCUCCCCACCUGCGGGGGGUCACUUUACAAGUGGUGAAGGAAGUCUGCAGGUGUCCCUCUUAUUUUUUAUUGGAUAGAGACAGAAAUUGAGAAAGACACCUGCAGCCCUGCUUCACCACUCAUGAAGCUUUUCCCCUGCAGGUGGGGACCAGAGGCUUGAACCUGGGUCCUUGUGCACUAUAGUGUGUGUGCUUAACCAGGUGCGCCACCCGUGGCCCCAGGUGUCUCUCUUUAUCUCUCCCUCUCUACCUUCCCCUCCUCUUUCAAUUUCUCUGUCUUAUCUAAUAAAAUAGAAAAAAAAUGGUAGUGCAGGCAACGAGUCACAGCAAUAACCCUGAAGGCGAAAAAAAGAAAAGUGAAACCUUGGAAGCAGUGAGAUAGCUCACCUGGGAGGGUGCCUGCUUUGCCAUGAUACACCCACCACGUGGGAGCAGUACAGCCCACUGGGGGCAGCUCUGGUACUCUGGUAGAGAACAUGAUGGCUGUGCACAAAGGUCUUUCAUGCCUAAGGCUUUAAGGUUCCAGGUCCACUCCCCAGCACCAUCAUAGGCCAGAGUGCUCUGGUAAAAAACAAAAUAAGUAAAUAAGAAUUUAAAACAAGAUUUAUUAAGCAAAAAAGACUUCUCAAUUAAACCUUAUUAAAGUGACAGUUUUAGCCAUUG